AUGCUCGGCGCCUACCACUUGCAGGUCUUCUACCUUCCGUUCGCUUAUACGUUCUACCCGAAUGGGUCAGUUGAGACGGUUCGCACAGGUCUGACGCUGCAGCUAAUCCACCUUGUGGACCUCAUCCUGAACCUCAACACAGCGUUCAUUAGGAAGCGCAAGAUCGUGACGUGCCGGAGAGAAAUCGCGCAGAACCAUAUCACCAAGUGGUUUGCACUCGAGCUGGUCUCCGCUGUGCUGGUCAGUAUCGCCUUCGGGUUCGAAGACAACUUGCCGAGCCAGAUUCCUUGGAUUUUGCUCAACUACGACGCUGUCUUGAUAGCGCUGCGGGUGUUCCGCGCUGCCAUCAACUCGCAACAAUUCUGUCUCAGCCACGUACUUCGAGAGAACAAGCAAUUGGCGUCGUGGUUCCAGUACUCGCACUUGCUCGGGAUUGCAAAGCUCAUGUGGCUUACAGUGCUUGUGGCUCACUACAUGGCGUGCUUAUGGCAUGUCGUAGCGAAGCACCACGAUACUGUCGCCAGCGUUGCAGAGCAGUACGUUGCCGACGUGCCAGGGGGAGUCAGCGGCACGUUGGCGGAGAAUCUCCUGUCGACUUGUGCCAUUCUUGCGGGCUCUGUCAUCCUCGCUAUCGUGUUCGGCAACGUCGCGCUGCUCGUCUCGAGCUUUAACGCGAACAAAGUCAACUUCGAGCAGAAAAUGCACGGCGUGUUCGCCACCAUGGACAAGAUGGGGCUGCCCCUCAAGCUGCGUGAGCGCGUGCAGCAAUACUACGCCCACGUGUGGAUGGAGUACGAUGACGUUGUCAAGUUCAAGCGGGAGCUCACACACAGCCUGAGGCUCGAGGUCCGGCUGUUCAAAUACAUGGAUCUGAUAGGCAAGGUGGCAUUCUGGGAGCACUGCUCGACCGACUUUGUGAUGCAGAUCAUCCGCAACCUCGGAGUUCGCGUCUACCUUCCAGACGACUACGUGGUCCGGAAAGACGAAAUCGGCGACGAAAUGUUCAAGAUCAACCGCGGUAUUUGCAUUAUGUCGGAGUGGAGAAACAACAACAGUGGCGUCGACGGAGAUAGUGGAAGGCUUGGUGGCAUGGAUUGA